GGAGGAGGAACCUGCAACUGCCUCCGCCGCUGAGACGCAGCCCGCGCCCAGGCUUAUUGUGACAUUGUAAUGUUGGGAAGGUCUGCACUGCUUACAGCUGUACAUGGAAGAAGAUUUCCAACUCGAGACCUAUGUGCUGCUACUCAUUUUCCAAUGAAGUACAUCCUGGUAACCGGUGGUGUCAUCUCAGGCAUUGGCAAAGGAAUCAUUGCAAGCAGCAUUGGCACCAUACUGAAAUCAUGUGGUCUACGAGUCACUGCAAUCAAAAUUGAUCCUUAUAUUAAUAUAGAUGCUGGAACUUUCUCACCGUAUGAGCAUGGUGAAGUUUUUGUCCUAAACGAUGGGGGAGAAGUUGACUUAGACUUGGGAAAUUAUGAAAGAUUCUUGGACAUCAACUUAUAUAAAGAUAAUAACAUCACCACUGGAAAGAUCUAUCAACAUGUAAUCAAUAAAGAAAGACAUGGAGAUUACUUGGGAAAGACAGUUCAAGUUGUUCCACACAUUACUGAUGUUGUACAAGAAUGGGUGAUGAAUCAGGCAAAGGUUCCUGUGGACAGUGACAAGAAAGAGCCACAAAUAUGUGUCAUUGAGCUAGGUGGAACUAUUGGAGACAUUGAAGGAAUGCCAUUUGUUGAGGCAUUCAGACAGUUCCAGUUUAAGGCAAAAAGAGAAAACUUCUGCAAUAUCCACGUUAGCCUUGUACCACAGCCUAAUGCUACUGGAGAACAGAAAACAAAACCUACACAGAACAGUGUUCGAGCGCUGAGAGGCCUAGGUUUGUCUCCAGAUCUGAUAGUCUGCAGAAGUACAAAGCCUAUAGAAAUGGCUGUGAAGGAAAAGAUUUCCAUGUUUUGCCAUGUGGAACCUGAACAGGUGAUAUUUAUCCAUGAUGUUUCUUCCACUUACCGAGUGCCAAUCCUGUUGGAAGAACAAGGCAUUAUUACAUAUUUUAAACAGAGAUUAAACCUACCUAUUGAUGACCAACCAAGUGAUCUUCUUUUCAAAUGGAAGAAAAUGGCAGACAGAUAUGAAAGGUUGCAGAAGAUCUGCUCCAUAGCUCUGGUUGGCAAGUAUACGAAACUAAGUGACUGCUACGCAUCUGUUUUCAAGGCCUUGGAACAUUCAGCUUUGGCAAUUAAUCACAAACUGAAUUUAAUGUAUAUAGAUUCAAUAGAGCUUGAGCAUUCUACAGAAGUUGAGAACCCAGUGAAAUACCACCAGGCGUGGCAAAAAUUAUGCAAAGCAGAUGGCAUUUUGGUCCCAGGCGGGUUUGGAUUUAGGGGAACAGAAGGCAAACUCCAAGCAAUAUCUUGGGCAAGAAAAAAGAAAAAACCUUUUCUUGGAGUUUGCUUGGGGAUGCAGCUGGCAGUGGUGGAGUUUGCAAGAAACUGUUUAAACUGGAAAGAUGCAAAUUCUACAGAAUUUGACCCAAACACAAAAUACCCUGUUGUCAUUGACAUGCCAGAACACAAUCCUGGAGAUAUGGGAGGAACAAUGAGACUGGGAAAAAGGAGGACUGUUUUCAAAACAGAAGACUCUGUCCUAAGGAAACUUUAUGGUAAUGAAGAUUUUGUGGAGGAACGACACAGGCAUCGGUAUGAGGUAAAUCCAGAAUUGACUGGCUGCUUUGAAGAGAAAGGUUUGAAAUUUGUUGGCCGUGACACAGAAGGGAGUAGAAUGGAGAUCAUUGAACUGGAAAAUCACCCAUAUUUUGUUGGUGUCCAGUUUCAUCCAGAGUUUUCCUCGAGACCUAUGAAGCCCUCACCUCCAUACCUUGGUCUCUUGCUUGCAGCAACUGGGACACUCAGUGCAUACUUGCAACGUGGAUGUAAAUUGUCUCCAAGUUUUUAUUCCAUGCUUCCUUGGGCACAUUCAGAAAGAAUGAUAGCUACAGUGAUCUCAGUGAUGACAGUUCUCCAGAAAAAGAACCUCCUGAUUCAGAAACAAGUUGAACCCCCUGCAUGA